AUGGCCGGCCCUCGGCAUAGACCCCGAACCCUAAAAACGGGCACACGCCCCGGCCCGUCCCAACCCACCUUCUUCCCCGCGCCGCAGCCUCCCGAGCCGCAGCCCACCCGCGCCGCCGCCACUCGCCGUCGCCACGCCCGCGCCACCCGCCGCCGCCCGCCGCCUUCCCCGCGCCUCCCGAGCAGCCGCCCCGCCCCAGCAACCACUCGCCGUCGUCACGCCCGCGCCACCCGCCGCCGCCCGCCGCCUUCGCCCGCUCCUCCUGAACCGCCGCUCGCCUCCCCCGCGCCUCCCGAGUCGCCGCCCGCCGCCUUCCCCGUGCCUCCCGAGCAGCCGCCCCGCCCCCCAGCCAUCGCGCCGCCCCGGCCCCUCCUCCCGCCGCCUUCGCCCGCUCCUCCCAAACCGCCGCCGCCUGCUCCGCGCCUCUCGAGCCGCCGUCCGCCGCCUUCCUCGUGCCUCCCGCCGCAGCCGCCCGCCCCCAGCCAUCGCGCCGCCUCGCCCCUCCUCCCCCAGCCCACAGCACCGCCUCGUCGGCUUCCCCACGCGGCCUGCGCCGACGGCCACUACGCCGACGGGUGGGGCCAGCCGUCGGCCCACUCCGUCUACGCCGACGGGCGGCGCUACGCCGAGGGCCACGUGGCAUGUGCCGAGGCCCACCUUCCCCGAGGAGCUACGCCGAGGGGCCCCGUCGGCGUAGUGUACGCCGAGGGCGAGGCGGUGAUACGCCGAGGGCUGGAGGCCGUCGGCAUCUUGGCAGAUUCCUGUAGUGAGGGUCUAUGUACAGGCCUCCCAGAUAAAACUACAUUCUAG